CUUAAAUACCCUGUUCCUUAAAUUAUCCGUCCCUUAAAUAUCCUGUUCCUUAAAUACCCCGUCCCCUAAAUGUCCCGUUCCUUAAAUACCCCGUUCCUUAAAUGCCCUGUCCCUUAAAUACCCUGUUCCUUAAAUGCCCACUUCUUUAAAUGCCCACUUCCUUAAAUGCCCACUUCCUUAAAUGCCCACUUCUUUAAAUACCCACUUCCUUAAAUGCCCUCUUCCUUAAAUGCCCACUCCCUUAAAUGAGAAUAGAAUAACAUAUAAGUAAAAUUUCAGUUAACUCUUGAUUUAAUAUGAAUUUUACGUCUUUUAUAGAAAAUUUCCAUCUUUUCUCUAUCUCAUAAUAUUGACCAGGAAGUCAGUCUGUAGUGUCUGUUAUCUGAGAAAUGUGCGAGUCUGUGCAAAACGUCUGGAGAAAUCCAGAGUCUGUCUUCGGAAUCGUUACUGGACUGGAGAAACGCCCAUUGGAUUAAAACGUCUUCUUGAGGAAGUCUUCAAGAAUCCAGGAUCCUGUGAAGCCAUCUUAAGCUUCUGAAGUACUGCUACUAGAGAAACGCCCAUUGGAUUACAACGUGUUCCUGAGGAAUCUUCAAGACUCCAGCAGUCUUCGGCUCCGUCUGCUGUCGCCUCGCAAAUCUCGAAGACGGUCUGGAUCACAGGGCAUAUUUGAAAACUAAUCGAUGUGAGAGCGUGGAGGGAAUCUAUACAAAUACUGAACAAUGAUUGGUACAGUUAAUAUUGUAUUUGAUGCUGGCAUGGCUCACUUAAUUUGCGGAGUCAUGGUUUUAUUGCUUAUAUUUAGUGCUCUUCCUGCAUUUGUGUUCAACAAAUUGAUGCAGAAGAGGCAUAAUAACAAGGAACGUACUCUAAUCCAGGACAAAGUGGACGGGUUGCAGCGAGAGCUGGAGGCUGCCCACAGGAGGAAUCACAACUUUCAUGAAAUAAUUCGUAACAAAAUCAAAAAAGACUGCAACGGAUUGGUAACGAACGACGAAGUUGAUACAGAGGUCCGACACAUUCAGGAUCUCUUGGACUUGGCAGACGAAACCGACGUGAAGAUCCAGGAAGCCGAGAGUAAGGUUGAAACUUUCGGUUCCGAAAACCAAAAACUGCAGAAGGACGUCGAGGACAAGGAAAAAGCUUUGGCUGAAUAUAGAAAGGAAAUUGUUCAACUGAAGGAAUUGAAUAUAGCACUGGAAAAAGACCUUUUCGAGAAUAAACGCCACAUUCAAGAUCUUGAAAACAUCAAUGUGGCGCAAGGAAAGGAGCUUAGCCAGAAGAAUCGCCAUAUUGAAUGUCUGGAAGGCAGGAAUUUGGCGAUGAAAACCGACCUUACCGAGAAAAAACGCCAAAUUCAAGGUCUGGAGGACAUGAAUGUGGCGAUGAAAACCGAGCUUAGCGAAGUGAAACGCCACAUUCAAGGUCUAGAAGUCACUAACAGGGCGAAGGAGGAAACUCUCUGUGAGAAGGAGAGACAGAUUGAAGAGAUGACAAAAAAGAACGCCCUGAAAGAAGAACAGUUAGAGGACUACCGCAGGUUACUCGACGAGCUGCAGAAAGAGAUUGGGAUGCUGGAGUCCAAAGCGCGAGAUUUUGAUGCGCUUGAGAGUCAAAACAGGAAAAAUGAACAAAAUCUUUUUGCCUGCGAACAGCAAAUUGAAAACCUCCAGAAGAAAUUGCAGGAGAGGAACGAGGAAGUGAACAAGCUUGUCCAAUGUGAGAUGGAAGUUGAAAUUUUAAGAAAGGAAUUGGAGGACAGACAAAAGGAUCUGAGCAAGCUUGUCCAAUACGAAAGGGAGGUCGAACAAUCAAGGAAGGAACUAGAGGACAGGCGUAAGGAUGUGAACAAGCUUGUCUGUUGUGAGCAGGAACUUGAACAAUUGAGGAAGGAACUGGAGGAUAAAGAGAAAUAUAUAAACAAGCUUGUCCCAUAUGAAAUGGAAAUUGAAUGUCUCAGAAAGGAAUAUGAGGCAAAACAGGUGGCUCUGGUGGAAAUGGCUGGCCUCAUAGAAAGGGACGAGAAAGUUAUCUUUGGCUUGCAGCGAAAAGUUGAAGAACUCGGAGGAGAAAUAAAAGACAGAAAUAAAGAAAGAGAUGGACUCCUGACUUCAGAGGCAAUGCUAGUUCAGAAUCUUGCCAAAUCUGAACUCUAUAUAAGUGAACUGAAAACUGAAGUCGAGACGUUAAGGAGUCAAAAGGCAGAACUUGUCAACCAACUGGAAGAAAAUAUGAGCCAUCUUAAGAGUAAGCAGAGUCAGAUACUGGAUCUCGAGCAGAAGUUACUAAAGAUGGAGGGAUAUCAGGAGGAAAAAGACAAUCUAGAAAAAGUCAUAAAAGAGAAGGAAAAGGAAAUAGAGCAUUUCAAGCGAGAAAGAGAGGACCACUUUAAAGAAGCACAAGAUCUUCGGAUACUAAUCGCUCUGAGGGAGGAAAAUCUCCAGGAAUGCCAACAGGAAAUAGAACUUCUUCUAAAGGAAUCAGAAAAGAGGCAGAAGGACUUAGAGGAGCUUGUCUGUUGGAACUUGAGGAAAGAAGAAGAAGAGAUUGAGAAAAUGGCGGAACAGAUCCACCAAUUGGAGUUCAUGAGGUCUCAGUUCCAGGAAAUGGUGGAUGCUUACGAAAAAAAGAUCUCCGAGCAGGAAAUGGAGAUUACCUGCCUACGCAAUGAAGUCAUAGCCCAACGGGACAAUCUAGAAAAAGUCAUAAAAGAGAAGGAAAAGGAAAUAGAGCAUUUCAAGCGAGAAAGAGAGGACCACUUUAAAGAAGCACAAGAUCUUCGGAUACAAAUCGCUCUGAGGGACAAAGAUCUACAGGAAUGCGAAGAGGAAUUAGAAAAUUGGCAGAAGGAAUCAGAGGAGCUUAUCCGUUGGAAAUUGAGGCAAGAAGAGUUCAUUGAGUCUCAGUUCCAGGAAAUGAAGGAUGCCUACGAAAAAAAGAUCUCCGAGCAGGAAAAGGAGAUUACCUGCCUAUGCAAGGAAGUUCAGCAGAAAAACAACUUGCUGGAGGAAGGCAUAGCCCAGCGGGACAAUCUCAACAAGAAGUUGGAAUGCGUCGAGAUGGAAAAUAGCCAUCUGAAACAGCUGGCUGCUGAGGCUGAGGAACGACAGAUAGCUGCAGAAGGAGCACUCAGUGAGCUUUCCAUCAAAAUUCAGAGGAAUGAGACACUAGUUAGUGAUAAACAGAGAGAAGUUGAAGAACUUCGAAGCAAAUUAGAAGAGAGAAACGCUGAAGACGACAAGCUUGUUCAGUGUAAGAAGGAAGUAGAAGUUCUUAGGAAAGAACUAAAGAAGAAGGACUUGGAAAUCGGAAAGGGUAAGGAAGAGGCAAAACAACAUGACAAACAAAUGGAGAGAGUGGGAGCUCGCCUCCAGGAAAUGGUGGCUGCCUUCAACAGGAUCACAUAGUAGGAGAAGGCUUGCCCCAAGAGAACUAGGCACCAAGAUGAAGAUAGGACAUCCGCUAUGGAGUAAUAUAUAUAUAUGUAUGUAUAUAACACAUCACCACAUACACAAACAUAUGCAUAUGUACACACACACA